UGGAUGGGUGGCCAAAUACUUUUGGCAAUAUAGUGUAUUUGACUAAUGGAUUCUUUUCACCCCCAGAGUUUCUUAUUUUCAUUUGAUAUUAUAUAUAAUUCGUGUGUGUUGCUUGUUUGGGGGAGAAGAAAUUAAUAUUUAGUUUUUAUUUAAAAGAUUGGCAACACUAAAUUGGCCCUAGUGUGUGGAUGUGAGUGUGAAUGUUGUCUGUCUAUCUGUGUUGGCCCUGCGAUGAGGUGGCGACUUGUCCAGGGUGUACCCCGCCUUCCGCCCGAUUGUAGCUGAGAUAGGCGCCAGCGCCCCCCGCGACCCCAAAAGGGAAUAAGCGGUAGAAAAUGGAUGGAUGGAUUUAAAAGAAAUGCAGUUAUGUGCCGGCUGAACAGCAAGAGGCCAGCAGGUGGCAGCACUACAUAGUCAACGACAAAGGAGCACUGAGAUAAGCAAAGACGAGGAAAAGUGUUAGGAAAGUCUGGCCAUUAGACAAUUAAGAAACCUGACACGCUUCUCUCCAUGAGCCAGCAGUGCUUAUGUGUAGGAAGCCACGCCAAGAUCCUGCCUCUGGUGCAGCAGGUCCUCGGUCCAGAAUAUCAUCAAGACUUUCAUGGCCAACACGGAACAGCAGCUCAAACCUCUGAGCGACAACUUCCACGCUCAGGUCGAAGCCCUCACUGACUUGAUGGAGACCUUCUCCAAGCAGACGGCAUGGGAGAACCUGAUAGCGCCGGAUUAUGUUUCGCAGCCAGCUAUUGAGCCACUCCAUGGUCAAUACCGCUACAAUCUGCCACGGCCUGUCUGCUCUUCCAUCUGCCGUCAUCUUGUCAAGCAUCUGCCACGUGACACGUCUGCUCGCCAUCACGGCCACAGGUGGCGCACUCGAGGCCCGGGGGCCACAUCCUUUCUGGGGCCCGCCAAAGCCGAGGAAUAAUUGAGGAUUGUGAUUGAAUCUUCAUCUAAAUGGAAUUAUGUCAGCGUCCUGUCGGUCAGCAUUCCAGAGGGACUGGAAAUAUUACACCUGUGAGCGCGUGGCCAUGAAAGAUUUCUUAAAAAGUAUAUACAUAUUUUUUUGGACUUGGGACGUCUUGGAUUGGGGACCCUUGGCAUGAACAGUCAAUAGAUCCACGCCCCUUCACGGAACUUUGUUUGGACAAGCACACCCAUCUCCUCCGCCUCUUCAGCCGCAUCAACACUUCCUUGACCCCACCAAUCCCUCCCUCCAUCCCGCCCACUGUCUUCGGUGACUCCUGCCCCUCCCUUCCCUGCCUGGGAUGGAGAAGGAAAGAGAGAGAGGCAGCCGACCCACCAUCACCACCAUGUCCCCAGAGGCCCCUUGCCUUGCCUGCCCGCCCCUUGCCGCUGCUCAGUACAGUUGUGCCUCAGUCCCGGACUGUGACCACCAGCCUGGAACGCCACUCAAUGUGAAUCCUCCGUGUCAACCACAGAAACACCCAGAAAAAGAUCACCUUCCCAGGAACAUGGCCGCGGCACCCUUGGCCCUGGCGCUCGCCCUAUUGACCCUGGGCCCGGGGCUUACAUCGGCGGGGUGCCCGUCGGCGUGCCGGUGCUCCCCCGCCAUGGUGCAGUGCUUGCAGUCCGACGGCAUUGCCAGCAUCCCGGCUUUGGCGUCGCAGGAGAGCGAGAACGUGACGGACAUUUACAUCGAAAACCAAGCCGGCCUUGAAAAUAUCACAGACCUGGAUAUGUUUUACUACAAGGAGCUAAAGAACCUAACUGUGACGUCAUGCAAGCUGAGGCUCAUCGCCGCCAACGCCUUCCAGCACAACGUCAAGCUGCAGUACGUGAACCUGGCCUCAAACUCUCUGGAGCACAUCUCCUGGAGGGUGUUUCAUUUUCUACCUCUGCUCAACCUGGUCUUGGAGGACAACCCUUUGCUUUGCUCGUGUGACCUCCACUGGCUGCAACACUGGCAGCGGAACGGUCGCGCCGACCUGGACAACCAGAAGUUGACCUGCCUGUCCGCCGGACAGGAAGUUGCGCUCGAUGUUUCGUCGGUCACGGACAACUGCAGUCUGCCCGAGGUGAUCAUUCUCCCCUCCAACAACAAGGUCCAAGAAGGAGGCAACCUGACCUUUGAGUGUCGUGUGACAGGAAGUCCCACCCCUCAAGUGCGGUGGCGAACGGAUGCCCUCCAGUCACGCUUCGUUGUCCAGGAGAGAAUCUGGGACUCCACCUUAGAGGUGCUCCUCUACCUCACCAACGUCUCGUCCAAGGACCACCUGCACAACCUGACCUGCCAGGCCGAGAACCAAGCGGGUCCCGGUGAGGACACGUUGCAGCUGGAUAUCGAGUUCGGGGCCAAAAUCCUCUACCUGGACAACGCCGUCCGUCAUCAUCACUGGUGUUUCCCCUUUGGCGCGGACGGCAAUCCGGAGGUGAAAAUCAGCUGGUGGUACAAGGGCGAGGAGCUGAUGGAGACGGAUUACACGUACACGAAGGUCCUGCGCGACUCCACCGACGGCUCAGAGAAGCACGGCUGCCUCUACCUCAACAAGCCCACGCACAUCAACAACGGCGUCUACACCCUGAAAGUGGAGAACCGUUUGGGGUGUGUCCAGGCCUCCGCCCGCGGGAUUUUCAUGGACAACCCCUUCGACCCGUCCAAUCCGGAGGGAAUCAUUCCGGUCAUCAACGUGGAUCCAACUCCCACCAACAGAUCCAACAUGGACGUCACAGAGAACCUGGAGAGUCGAGUUUUUGUGGUGUCGGUGGCCGUGGGUCUCGGUCUGUUUGCCUGCACCUUCCUGCUCGCCACCGUCUUGGUUAUCAACAAAUGUGGCAAGAACUCCAAGUUCGGCAUACACCGCUCGUCUGUGCUGGGCGCCGAGGACGACCUGGCCGUGUCGCUGCGCUUCAUGAACUUCAAGGCCAGCCCGCCUUCCUCUGACGAAGACUUGGGCCUGUCCAGCUUUGUGGAGAACCCUCAGUACUUCUGCGGCAUCAUCAAGGACAAAGACAUGUGUGUCCAGCACAUCAAGCGGCAGGACAUCGCCUUGAAGUGGGAGCUGGGCGAAGGCGCCUUUGGCAAAGUCUACCUGGCCACGUGCGCCCACCUGAGCCCUGACAGCGACAAGAUGCUGGUCGCCAUCAAGACGCUGAAGGACGCCAACGAGUCCACCCGGCAGGACUUCCAGAGGGAGGCGGAGCUUCUGACCGUGCUGCAGCAUCAACACAUUGUUCGAUUCUACGGCGUGUGCACGGACGGCGAGCCCCUGGCCAUGGUGUUUGAGUACAUGAGACACGGCGACCUCAACCGCUUCCUACGCGCUCACGGCCCCGACGCCUGCAUCCUGGAGGAGUCCAAGAUGGCGCCAGUGGGCGAGCUGACGCUGCCCCAGAUGCUGCACAUCGCCGCCCAGAUCGCCUCGGGGAUGGUGUACCUGGCGUCUCUGCACUUUGUCCACCGGGACCUGGCAACGCGCAACUGUCUGGUGGGAGAAGGUCUGGUGGUCAAGAUCGGAGACUUUGGCAUGUCCAGGGACAUCUACAGCACUGACUACUAUCGCGUGGGCGGUCGCACCAUGCUGCCUAUUCGCUGGAUGCCACCAGAGAGCAUCAUGUACAGGAAGUUCACCACGGAGAGCGACAUCUGGAGCUUGGGCGUGGUCCUGUGGGAGAUCUUCACCUACGGCAAGCAGCCUUGGUACCAGCUGUCCAACAGCGAGGCCAUCGAGUGCAUCACGCAGGGCCGUGAGCUGGAGAGACCACGUACCUGUCCCAAGGAGGUGUACCUGCUGAUGCAGGGCUGCUGGCAGAGGGAGCCUCAGCAGAGGAUGGUCAUCAAAGACCUGCACAGUCGCCUGCUGGCCCUGGUCAAGAACCCCCCCGUCUACUUGGACAUCCUGGGUUAGUCAAUGUUUACCGCUAGAAAAGCGUUUAAGGAAGACGAAUGGCAAGGAAACUGAACGGCGCCCCCGUAGGCCGCGAGUGGAACUACGCCACCCUUAGGACGAGAGACUCUCACCCGGCAGACCACUUUUUGAUAUGACGCCGAUUUCAAACGUGUACAGGACUAUUUUUCAACUUGCACGCGUUCCCCUCAAGAGUGUUCAUUUCUUCUUCCACCGCAUUUCCUCCGAGAGCUUCAAACAAUACACACAACUUCAGUUGCGAGAUGACAAACCCAAAACAUGACGUCAUAAAAAUUGCGUGUUUUGGAGCGAGGAAAAUCAAGCCCGAGCGAGAUGAGAUUGUCACUGUGGUUAAGCUUCGCUACACAUCUUCAUUUGCAUUUAUUUUGUCCAAUGUGUAAACAAACUGAGGCACUUCCAAUACAAUUCAAUAAUUUCGUUUCAAUAUUUUACAACAGGCUGAGUAAUUGACUUAGUAAAUCUAAUUAAAAACAAUCAAACAAAGUGACAAAACAAAUACAAAUCUUAUGUACAUAAUGUAAAUAAAACAAUGGACUUGUUUAAAACAACGUAAAUUUCUCCAGUAAAAAUAAUCACUUAAGGGCUUUUCUAUUUUUAACCAUUUUCCCGGAUUAUAUUAAUAAAUUGGAAUCUUAGAGCCAAUGAGAGAAUUUGUGUUUUGCUUUCAGAAAUCGACUUAUGUAUGAAAAAAAAUGUAGCUUGCAACAAUAAUAUUUAUUAGCAUUUUUAGGUUGUUAUUAAGAUACCAAAAAUAUCAUCUAUCGUGAAGGGGGACAUCUUGACACCUUUCAGCAAAACAGAUGUACAAUAUCACAUUCCAUGAAUAAAUAUUUAUAUCUUAAAAUCAAGUUGUCACAAGUUUGGUUUAAUGGCAGCCAUUUUUUUUUUUUUUUUUUUUACCAAUCCUGCUCGAAUUUGGACUUUUGUGGCAUUGAUUCACGUAAAAAUCCGACGGCGUGUGACGCCAGGCCCAGUCGUACAAUUGGCGAUCACUCCAGCAGCACUGAGAGUGGACUCAGCCAAACUGCUCCUGAGUAAUGUUGCAAUUUUCAACACCAACCAAGAAAUUGACUUUAAAAAAAAAAAAAAAAAAAAAAAAGGCUCCACCUUUCAAAAAGUGCGCUCGCUUAAUGCUAUUAUACCUUGCCUGUGCUAUCAACAUGUUUACUGAUUAGCAUUAAGAACUACAACUAAGAUGCACGUUACAAUCAAACAGCUGGUUCAUAAAAAGAAUACUUGCAGUGUUAACACUUUGUAGGGCACAACGGACGCACUAUACUGCCAUCUUACGUUUUGGACUUAGAAAUUUGAUAAUAAAACAAAAAAUGAUUAGGUCAUUUUUAAAUGUUGCAAUAAAAAUGACAUUUUAUUCUCCAAAACAAUUACUAUUUAUUAACACACACAAAAAUACCGGUAUUGAAUCUUGAUAUCUGCGAAUCGGUACCGUAUCUCAGCCUGAGUGUCUCUGUUCGAUUGUGGAGGCGUUACCAGAUUGCAAAUGAAACCACGCCCCUCCCUCCACCCAAAAAAAAAAUCAUAAUUUAACUCUGGAGGUCAAUGCUAAAAUAGAUCCUUCCCGGUCAAAACUAAACAUGGAAAAUAAAAACUCUGAUGCGACAACGUAGCCGGACGGGAAAAACCCAGCGAUCAUCCAGAAUGCACACACGGUGUGGUUGCACACGAGUACUUGGCAUUAUAUCGUUUAGAAGUACAAAAAAAUCAAACUCCACAAGUCCACUUUAAAGUUGUCAGCUGUGUGAGAAAUUUCAAGCCCACCCAACUUGCGGUUUAAUAAUAGCAUGAGGUGUAUUUGUCAGGAAAGUGUUAUUCAUAUAAGAGUACAUCGAUGGCUGUUCUCCUUUUUUCACCACUAACCACCCUACUGUCGUGGAAAAGACCUGUUACCCUCUGCAGUUGUAGUGUCCAUCAACAACCAUGGACACUACAAAAUACUGUAAAUACGAGGGAUGUGAAUCUUUGGGCAACACAUGAUUUGAUUCUUGGUUAUGAUUAAAUUCUAAACGAUUCUCGAUUCAAAA